AUGGGCAACCAAACCCACCCAGUCGACUCCACCGUCGAGGAGGACCAGGACCUCGAGCAGCAGCGCCGCCACACCACCGCCCACGCCGCCUCCUCCUCCUCAGGCAACAUCGAGCCAGACGACCCCAUCGCGCCCUCCGCAGCCCCCGACGGCGCCGCCCUCUCCGAGCUCGAGCAGGACAGCCGGCCCUCGACCCCGCGCUUCAUCCAGGACGAAGGCUCCUGGAAGCGCUGGAAGUGGGUGCCCUACCCCGUCCGCCGCGCCCUCCGCGCCGCCGCCCGCUGGGCCCAGGGCCCCCCCGACGGCGGCCGGCCCUGGCGCAUCCACCCGAUCUUCCCGGAGGUGCAGCACUGGCCCAUCAAGCUGCUCGACCGGCGCGUGCCCAGGCGCCGCCACCGCGCCGGCCUCGUGGUCCUGUGGCUCGGCCUCUGGCUCAUGACCUUCGCGCUGGUGAUGCGCGCGGGCCUGCAGGCGACCGAGAUCGCCGGGUGGGGGGAGCCCGGCGACAUCGGCUGCGGCAACACGUACUGGGUCUCGGGCAACGGGUGCGGCGUCAACGGCAACGACUGCCGGCCCUUCAACGGCAGCGGCUUCGCCUUCCGCUGCCCCUCGAGCUGCCUGAGCUACCAGGUGCUCAACCCGCGCGCCGUCGGCGACCAAGAGAUCAACUACGCGCCCUUGAUCAUCGGCGGGCCCCCCCGCGCCGACUCGGACGCCGCGCCCGUCUACCGCGGCGACUCGUUCAUCUGCGCCGCCGCCGUGCACGCGGGCGUCAUAUCCAACGCCCGCGGCGGCUGCGGCGUCGUCUCCCUCGUCGGCCAGCAGAGCGGCUUCGUCGCCUCGGUGCGCAACGGCGCCAGCAGCUUCGGCUUCGACUCGUACUUCCCGCUGUCCUUCACCUUCGAGGAGGGCAUCGACUGCGAGGCCUCGGACAACCGCUGGGCCCUUUUGGGAGUCUCUGUCGCCUUCUCCAUCGUCUUCUCCAUCUUCGUCUCCUCGCCCGCCCUCUUCUUCUUCAGCAUCUUCUCGGGCGUCUUCUGGCACGUGGGGCUCGCGUCGGACCCGCCCCCGCACAGCACCGUGCCGGCCCUGCUGUCCAACCUGCUCGGCAAGUACCUGCCCGCCAUGCUGGCCGCCUGGGUCAUCUACGACCGCAUGGGCGUCCGGAGGGCGCUGACGGGCCUCACGGCGCAGCUCGAGAAGACCUUCUUCUGGCUCGGCGCCUGCUGGUUCGGCGCCCUCGAGAACGUCUCCUUCUCCUGGAUCCCCAUCUCGCGCCUGACCUCGCACGACCUGAACCAGCAGCCCGGCGCCAAAGCCGCGCUCGCCUUCAUCGUCAUCAUCCUGGUGUGCGUCGCCGCCUCCCAGAUCUGGUACUUCCGGCAGGAGGCGCGCCUGGUGAAAUACCUGCAGCUCUACGUGCUCUUCGUCGCGGGCCUGCUGCUCAUGCUCGCGCUGCCGGACCUCAACCUGCGCAUCCACCACUACAUCCUCGCGCUGCUGCUCCUGCCCGGCACGAGCAUGCAGACGCGGCCCUGCCUGCUGUACCAGGGCCUCCUCGUCGGCCUCUUCAUCAACGGCGUCACGCGCUGGGGGUGGGACUCGAUCCUGCAGACCGCCUACGCCCUGCAGGGCGACUCGCAGACGGGCUCGCCGCUGCCCGACAUCGCCGAGCCCGUCAUCAGCCUCGCCUCUUCUGCCGCCACGGCCGCUGCUGCCACGGGGGUAGCGGCGGCGGCGGCGGCGGCGGCGAACCUGUCCACCAUCACCUUCACGUGGGGCCCGCCGCCGCCCGGCCCGCGCUACGACGGCAUCAGCGUCCUCGUCAACGACGUCGAGCGCUUCCGGCACUACUUUGCCGACGGCGAGGACAUCCAGGCCCUCUCCGCCGUAGACGGCAGGAACGACAGCGACACCGAGAACAAGUUCGUCUGGCGGCGCCGCGCGGGCGAGCGCGUCAACGAGUACUUCCGCUUCGCGUACAUGGAGGGCAGCCAGAGCUGGGACUACACCAAGGCCGGCGUCUGGAACGAGGGCGGCGAGUGGGUCGAGAUGAAGGCCGGGCCGUCGAGGGUGAAAGCCCGCCGCGGCCUGGAGAAGAGCCGAGGUGGCGGCGCGUGGAAGGUCGAGGGGGAGAGGAGCGAGUUGUGA